AUGGUUCGGGCAGUGGAACAAGAGCAAGAAGGUUAUAGGUCCAGAUUAUUCAAUUUCAAAGGAAUGUUUGACAAUACAGGAAGGCAUGCAAAGAGUAUGAGCGUUGAGAGUGCCAGCACAUUAGAUCCUUCUCCUUCAGAAGAAGAUCCAUUGUCAUCAAGAAGUCAUGGAUCAAAAUCUCUCAACGAUGUAGACAAGGUUGCUAAGCCAAAAGUAAUGAGCAAGGAGGAAAUUGCAGCCAAAGAAGCCAAAGAGAAGCUUAUGCAAGAAAUGGAACAGAUGAAGGAGAGAUUUGCUAAACUUCUAUUGGGGGAGGACAUGUCUGGUGGAGGAAAGGGUGUUUCAUCAGCAUUGGCAUUGUCAAAUGCAUUCACAAACCUUGCUGCUGCUGUUUUCGGUGAACAAAAGCGCCUAGAGCCGAUGCAGCCAGAAAGGAAAGCAAGAUGGAGAAAAGAAAUCGAUUGGCUUCUAUCAGUCACCGAUUACAUUGUGGAAAUGGUUCCUGUGCAACAAAAAAACAAAGAUGGCUCAACCAUGGAGAUUAUGACAACACGGCAAAGAACUGACCUCCACAUGAAUAUCCCUGCCUUGCGAAAGCUUGAUACAAUGCUUUUAGAUAGUCUAGAUAACUUCAAAGACCAAAAUGAGUUCUAUUAUGUAUCAAAAGAUGCAGAUGAUUCGGAUAAAGACAGUGCAAAGAGAAAAAAUGAUGACAAGUGGUGGUUGCCUACACCUAAAGUACCUGCAGAGGGUUUAUCUGAUGCAGCAAGAAGGUUUCUGCAGUAUCAGAAAGAUUGUGUGAACCAAGUACUUAAAGCAGCCAUGGCUAUAAAUGCUCAAACUCUAUCAGAAAUGGAGAUCCCUGAAAGCUAUAUUGAAUCUCUACCCAAGAAUGGAAGAGCAAGUCUAGGGGACUCAAUCUACCGUAGCAUUACAGAUGAAUUUUUUGAUCCUGAUCAGAUCCUCUCUACUAUGGACAUGUCAUCAGAACAUAAAAUCCUAGAUCUUAAGAACAGAAUUGAGGCAUCCAUAGUGAUUUGGAAGCGAAAGAUGAACCAAAAAGAUUGCAAAUCAGCUUGGGGUUCUGGUGUGAGUUUUGAGAAAAGAGAACUAUUCGAAGAGAGGGCUGAAACCAUCUUACUUGUCUUAAAGCACCGUUUUCCGGGGCUUCCCCAAUCUUCAUUGGAUAUAAGCAAAAUCCAAUUCAACAGGGAUGUGGGACAAGCUGUUCUUGAAAGCUAUUCCAGAAUAUUGGAGAGUUUGGCCUUUACAGUGCUCUCAAGAAUAGAAGAUGUACUUCAUGCAGAUUACCUCACUCAAAAUCCACCACAAGGAGGAAGAAGAAGUGUUACCAAAAACCCAAUUCCCAAGCCAGAGAAGUCUCCAACUUCUAAAGAGGACUCAGAAGCACCUUGUUCAAUGACACUAUCAGAUUUCAUGGGUUGGAGCAAUGAUCAAGUUGACUUAGACACCAAGAAAGACGCCUUUUCAGAUGACUUCUCCAAAGACAGUGAUAGUGGAAAGCCCCAAAAACUUCCAAACAUAGCAACCGACAAGAAGGUGUCUUACCUUGAGACCUUGGGGGGUAUGAGAAGUCCAACAUCACGCCAUUAAGCAAGAAAAUGAAGUGCUAAAACUUGAAAGAGGGAGGAAGAGAAAAAAGCCAGAAAAAAACAAGCACUGGUGAGAAGCUUGCGGUCUUCGGAGAAGUUGUUUACGACAUAAUCAUCUGUUUUUGACCGUCUAUUCUUCCUUUUUGUACAU